GUUAACAUGGCUGCGACUAGUUAUUCACCGAGACGACCGUGAGCAGAGGAAGGCAGGGCACUGUGAGACUUUGCCCACUUCCGGUCAGCGAUGGCGCUUCAGCCGCGGUUCUGGAAAUGUCUGUCAGUUUGCAGGAACCUGGAAUGUGGGUUCGCAUCCCUCUCAACCAGUUCCACGCCGGCGGUGCAACCGGAUGUGGAGACUAAGGAAAAUGAAGCGGUGGCCCCAGAGUUCAUCAACCGGAACCCUCGGAAUCUGGAGCUCUUAGGUGUAGCCCGGAAAGAACGGGGCUGGGCUACAGUGUGGCCCAACCGUGAGUUCUGGCACAGGUUGAGAGUUGUAAAGACUCAGCAUCACGUAGAAGCAUUUGUUGAGCACCUUAACGGCCAGGUUGUGGUUUCAGCAUCGACUCGUGAAUGGGCUAUUAAAAAACACCUUUAUAGUACCAGAAACGUGGUGGCUUGUGAGAGCGUAGGGCGAGUGCUGGCACAGCGGUGCUUGGAAGCAGGAAUCAACUUCAUGGUCUACCAGCCCACCCCGUGGGAGGCGUCCUCAGACUCGAUAAAACGUUUACAAAAUGCCAUGACAGAAAGUGGUGUGAUGCUCCGGGAACCUCGAAGAGUCUAUGAAUAAAAUCCAAGUGUCAACUGUGGUUGGAAGUGUAAAUAUAAAACGACCAUCUACAGCCACCAAAAGAAAGCAUCUUCAUUAAAAGAAAGAAAAAGAGAAAGAAAGGAGCAUUUGGAAGGAUGGAUAAUCAGACUGAAAGCUUCAUAGCAAUGUAACAGUGAAAACUUACUCAGUUAGCUUCUUUCCACUUCUGUGUGUGCUGGUGUGGUUUCAUUGUUUUAAUCAAGGGCUUCAGGUGUCCCCAUUCUUGGACAUGAGAUGUAUUUAAGGAAAGUAGUGACUAUUUGAAGAACAAAUUAAAACGUUUGUAACAAA